GCUGGGUUCCGCGGAGGGGGCGCGGCGGCCCGAGCUGGGGCCACCCACCCUGCGGCUCGGCCCGGCGCCCUGGGCUCGCAGCGGGCGCCUUCCCGGCGCGCUGCCGGCCGCCCACUCGGCUCUCCCCGGCCACCCCGCGCGCUCUGCGGGAGGAGCCGCCGGCCGCCGUGACGCGUCAGGGAGGAAACGCGGCGCCCGGCGGCCCAGCCGGGAAGGAGGAAGCGCGAGUGCGCACGGCUCCGCGCCCGCCGCGCCGCGAGGCAGCCCCGCGGAGCCCGGACCGUGUGUACCUUCUGGACCCCUUGGGUGAUGAUUAAAUGAGACCCUAAGCCUCAUUUAAUAGGAUUAUGACGUGUCCUGGAAGCAGGAAGGUUCACUUUCCUUUGAUAAAAUUUAUGGCGCAACAGACGUUGGUGGAUUUCAAGAAUUCGCUUCACCCAAAUGACAACUGACACUUUCAUGAGUUACAAGGUGCUUCCAGAUAUACUUACUGGCUCUUCAGAGAGACCUUGUGAGGUUGCAUGAUGGAAUUUGAACAUUACCUCAAGAGGUUUUAUGUUUUGGAGUAGCUGAUGGUGUUUGUCCUCUGCUGACCAUUGCUUCGGACUCAUUUUCUGGUGUCCUUUUGAGGCCAUAAACCCAAAGGGAUUAUACCAUGGACUACAAGGAAAGCUGCCCCAGUGUAAGCAUCCCCAGCUCUGAUGAACACAGAGAGAAAAAGAAGAGGUUCACUGUUUAUAAAGUUCUUGUCUCAGUGGGCAGGAGUGAGUGGUUUGUCUUCAGAAGAUAUGCAGAAUUUGAUAAGCUUUACAAUACGUUAAAGAAACAAUUUCCCACUAUGGCCCUGAAGAUUCCUGCCAAGCGAAUAUUUGGUGAUAAUUUUGAUCCCGAUUUUAUCAAACAAAGAAGAGCAGGACUGAAUGAAUUCAUUCAGAAUUUAGUUAGGCAUCCAGAGCUUUACAACCAUCCAGAUGUCAGAGCGUUCCUUCAAAUGGACAGUCCGAAACACCAGUCUGAUCCAUCUGAAGAUGAGGAUGAAAGAAGUACUGAGAAGCUACACUCUACCUCACAGAAUAUCAACCUGGGACCGUCUGGAAAUCCUCAGAUACUACGCUUUCCUCACCCUUUUGGUCCUCUUAAACAUGCUAAACCAACAGACUUUGAUUUCUUAAAAGUUAUUGGAAAAGGCAGCUUUGGCAAGGUUCUUCUUGCAAAACGGAAACUGGAUGGAAAAUUUUAUGCUGUCAAAGUUUUACAGAAAAAAAUUGUUCUCAACAGAAGAGAGCAAAAACAUAUUAUGGCUGAACGUAAUGUGCUCUUGAAAAAUGUGAAGCAUCCAUUUUUGGUUGGAUUACAUUAUUCCUUCCAAACAACUGAAAAGCUUUAUUUUGUUCUGGAUUUUGUUAAUGGAGGGGAGCUGUUUUUUCACUUACAAAGAGAACGGUCCUUUCCUGAACACAGAGCAAGGUUUUAUGCUGCUGAAAUCGCCAGCGCAUUGGGUUACUUGCACUCCAUCAAAAUAGUGUACAGAGACUUGAAACCGGAAAAUAUUCUUUUAGAUUCUGUAGGACAUGUUGUCUUAACAGAUUUUGGGCUUUGUAAAGAAGGAAUUGCUAUUUCUGAUACCACAACAACAUUUUGUGGAACACCAGAGUACCUAGCACCUGAAGUAAUCAGAAAGCAGCCCUAUGACAAUACUGUAGAUUGGUGGUGCCUUGGUGCUGUACUGUAUGAAAUGCUGUAUGGGCUGCCUCCUUUUUAUUGCCGAGAUGUUGCUGAAAUGUAUGACAACAUUCUGCACAAGCCCUUAAAUCUGAGGCCAGGAGUGAGCCUCACAGCCUGGUCCAUUCUGGAAGAACUCCUAGAAAAAGACAGGCAAAACCGGCUUGGUGCCAAAGAAGACUUUCUUGAAAUUCAGAAUCAUCCCUUUUUUGAAUCACUCAGUUGGACAGACCUUGUACAAAAGAAGAUUCCACCACCGUUUAAUCCUAAUGUGGCAGGACCAGAUGAUAUUAGGAACUUUGAUGCAGCGUUUACGGAAGAAACCGUUCCAUAUUCUGUGUGUGUGUCUACUGACUAUUCUAUAGUGAACGCCAGCGUACUGGAGGCUGAUGAUGCAUUCGUUGGUUUCUCUUAUGCACCUCCUUCAGAAGACUUAUUUUUGUGAACAUUUUGCCAUCCGGGAACCAUUGAGCAAAUAUAAGCCUAUGUACAGAUGAGACUGAAAUUCCUGUUUGUGUUAAUAUAUUCAAAUAUGUUUAGUGCCUCUUUUUUACAUAUAAUGUUAACAACUAUGAAAAAUGUAUUUUCUGCUGUAUGUAAGAAAAUAGUGCAUUUCAAAGAGCUAAGUUUGGAAUUAAAAUUUGUAUUCUUGUUUAUUAAGCUUAUUUUUAAACAGAAAUUUUAAAAGCUAUUGUUCUUAGCAUUAACCUAUUUUUAAAGAAAACUUUUUUGCUAAUGACUGUUUUUCCCCCCAAGUUUACACUAACACCUACCCAAGAUAGACUGUUUUUCAACAGCCUAUUUCAGUUCAGUUAACAUAUAUUAAUGCCUUUUUAACUCUCUACUUUGAUCUUUGUUCUCAGAUCACAACUAUGCAAAUUGUAUGUGGUUGUUUAAGCAGAAACCAUGUCUGUCCAUAAUAAAUCGCUGCUUGCCAUAUUCAGUCUUGGUAGGAUUAAAGUGUAAAAGCAUAGUUAACACAUUGGCUGCUAAUUAACACUUUGAGUAAUUGUUCAUUCUGCAGGUCAAAUUAAAAAGUAACAGAAGGAGGCCCUGGCUGGGUAGCUCAGUUGGGUAGGGCAUUGUCCUGAUACACCAAGGUUAUGGGUACAUACAAGAAUCAACCAAUGAAUGCAUAAAUAAGUGGAUCAACAAAUCUUUCUCUCUGUGUCUCUCUCUGUGUCUCUCUCUGUCUCUCUCUCUGUCUCUCUCUCUGCCUCUCUCUCUGCCUUUCUCUCUCUCUCGUCAAUAAAAAGAAAAGUAACAAAAGGAAAUCCUUUGCUUUUGAAAUACCAAUUUAAAUUCAUGAAUUAUUUUUCUUCUGGAGUAAAAGUAAAUAUUUAAUAGUUGACAUUUUAAAUAUUCCCAAACAUCUGAAGGGUAAUAAAGUACUGCUGAAUUUAUUUUUUUUAAGAUGGUGCCAAAAUGAAUGUAUCUGUGUCAUGUAUUUAUAUUACACAUACAUUCUGUUUAUGUUCUUUUUGGUCUUUUGAAUGUUCAAUGUACUGUUAAGUAGGUCUAAAUCUUGGUAUUUCGUUUUGUAAAUAGCUUUUCAAAACUGUCUCCCUAAUUGGUUGUUAAGUGAAAAAUAUUGAGCUUUCUAGAAUAUUUACCUAAUUGGGAAUUAAAAAGUAGACUAGCAAAUUCAGGAUUAAUAUAAAUUGUUUACAGUUUUACUAUAGUGUAACAGAAGUUAAAAAUAAUUCAGAUAGAUGCCUAGCAUCUUAUGUAUCUUAGAAAAUGUACGGGAAAUUGGCCUUAAAGUCAUACUAAAAACCAACUAACUUGUGUACUUGUAAUUGUAAAAGAAUGCUUAUCUUGGAAUUCUGAUUUUUAGUUUAGAGAUUUUGUAAGUCAUGUAGGAAACAUUGUGAAAGAAUUUAGUGACCCAGUUUAGAUGCUUCAAGAACACAAAAGCAUUUCACACCAAUACCCUUUGGUUUAAAAAUGUUCAGCAGAAUUGGGGGGAGGGAGUGUGCUUUUCUUAGAUAUAAUAAUAUUUGCAUUCAAUACACUGAAUCUUCCUUUAGAAGUAAAACUUUAAUAACAACACUGUAAAUAUUUGGUCUAUUUGGUACUACUGUAAGUUCUCCUUUUAUACAAAGCUCUUUGCUUAUAAAGCAAAAUAAAGACUAGUUUCUUGUAU